GCUUUUUUUCUCUGCUCAUCUAAACAGUCCGUUUUUAAAUUUGCAUUCUUUCAACAUGGCAAUCUACUCCGCAACCGUUACUUCGCCAGUCAACAUUGCUGUGAUCAAGUACUGGGGCAAGCGGGAUCCGUCGCUUAUUCUGCCAACCAACUCGUCGCUCUCGGUGACGCUCUCGCAGGACCACCUGAGCACACGCACGACGAUCGCAUGCUCGGCAGACUUCAAGUCUGACCGCCUGUGGCUGAACGGCGUCGAGGAGGACAUCCAGGCGUCCAAGCGCCUGGUGAACUCGAUUGGAACCGCUCGCGCGCUGCGGGCAGCGGAGGAGGCCAAGAACCCUGAGCUGCCUCGGCUGUCGCAGUACAAGAUCCAUGUGUGCUCGGAGAACAACUUCCCGACGGCGGCCGGGCUGGCAUCGUCGGCCAGCGGAUAUGCGGCGCUGGUGAGCGCGCUGGGCGAGCUGUUUAAGCUGCCGCAGAGCACGGCGGAGUUGUCGCGUGUGGCGCGGGUCGGCAGCGGGUCGGCGUGCCGGUCGAUGUUUGGCGGAUUCGUGGCCUGGCGCAUGGGCGAGAAGGAUAAUGGCGAGGACUCGAUGGCGCAGCAGGUUGCUGAGCGUGCACACUGGCCGGAGCUCCAGGCGCUGAUUCUGGUUGUCUCGGACAAGAAGAAGGCUGUGUCGUCGACCGCUGGCAUGCAGACCACGGUGGAGACCUCGGCCCUGUUUGCGGAGCGCGUGCGCUCGGUGGUGCCGGCCCGGAUGGAGGCGAUGGAGAAGGCGAUCCAGGAGCGUGACUUUGCAGAGUUUGCCAAGAUCACCAUGCAGGACUCCAACCAGUUCCAUGCGGUCUGCCUCGACACGUACCCGCCCAUUGCCUACAUGAACGACACCAGCCACGCAGUCACCCGCAUCAUCCACGCCUACAAUGCUGCUAAGGGAUACACUGCUGCAGCCUACACCUUUGAUGCUGGACCCAACGCCGUUAUCUACGCGCCCAAGAGCGAGAUGCGUGAUCUGGUCGAGCUGUUCGCAUACCUGUUCCCGCGCGACGAGGAUGUCCUGGCGGAGGUCUUCUACACCAACCCGUUCAGCCUGGUCAAUGCCGAGGAGGUUGGCCAGACCAUUUCGGACCCCGCGGUCCGCAAGCUUGCCGAGACUGUCGGCAAGUUCCAGGCUGGUGCGGUGCGCAGACUCAUCCACACUGAGGUCGGCGAUGGCCCGCGUGUGCUUGAUCAGUCCGAGACCCUGCUGACUGAGUCUGGCAUGCCGAAGCAUGCUCGCGAGUAGGCCACCUGCACAAACCCUAUGAACUCUAUCCCAAUACAUCCUGGUAAUACUCAACACUACAUCUAUUUCUACUACUCCAAAUCAAAGACGGCCUU